AUGUCCUCAGCUAAGGCAAAGCAUUGUUAUGCGAUAGAGAGUACUUACCACUCCAGAAAUUUACGCUAUUUAAAGGAUUUUAACAGAUCCAGAUAUUACAACACUCAUACCAUCUACGUCUCUCAAAAGGAUAACCUUUAUGACGCAUUACAAGAUGAAAAUUCUUUUGAAGAUAGGUUUCACUUUCACCAAAGAAGAUACAAGAAUUAUGGUAGAGGUACUAAAUCAAUUGAAAUAAUUACUUCAAAUAUAUUCUUUGAGUUUUGGUUAUCUUUAUAUGCUGGUGCUGGAAAAGGUUGUGCUGCAACAUUAUCAAUAGUUACCGCUGUAAUUUGUUAUUUGAUCUUGAUUAAUCGUGUUUCAAAAUAUUAA